AUGACACUGGGCUUGGAUGAUUGGGCAUUGCAGCCGCCUCUUGAGCUACCGUGUGGAGACUGGAACUGUGAUUGUGCGUUCACUCGUCAGCGCGGGUGUUGCUGCGCCGCUCAGGACUUCUAUAACCUGGAGGAGACAGUCUUCACGCGCCUCAUGGGCCACUGGGGGGAGCUGCAGCAGCUCAACAGCGACAUCAAAGCAACUGCAGAGGGAAGGCAGGUGGCAUUCACCGCACACAUGUCCCCCUUGAUGAGUUGCUUUGGUCCCUUCACCAGCGAUGUGCCCAUCCCUUACCAGGAGGUGUCCUUCAACUCAGCCAGUGGAUACAACCCGACCCAUGGUAUCUUCACCGCCCCCGUGAGCGGCUUGUAUAGCUUCACCUUCACAGUCUUCUCCAAGGUGCCCUACUACGGCGACCGGCUGUACCACCACGUCAUCCUGAUGCGGGACGGCGUGCCCGUCACAUCGGCGUGGGAGGACAACCGCGAGGACACCGAGGACAGUGCCACGCACACGGUGCUGUUGACGCUGGCCCAGGGGGACCAGGUGUACCUGGUGCUGCAGUCCGGACGCGAGCUCUGCGGAGACCUGCAGGGCAGCAACAAGUUCAGCGGCUUCUUGGUGUACAAUAACGAGCACUAGUGAGCACCAGGACGCCAGAAUGCACACACACACACACACACUUCACAGUGUCAAUUCAACACAAAGUAGGACCAAAAACUCUUAAGAUUAGAAGAUUGUACAGAAGAUUGUUGAAUUCAAUACUGCAACAUUUACGGCACACAUU